AUGGCGAAGGAGCUGCGAUGGCGGGAGGCUGAGAAUCUCUGCGGUGAGAUGAGGGACAUGGCGAUCAUUCUUGAAGCAGAUGUUAGUCUAGCGCUUGUUAGUACUACUUAUCAGUACUUUCCGGUUAGUCCGAUCGAUGGUUCAGGAAAGGGAGGGUUGGUCAAGACAAUUGCCCCUUUGAAGAGCGAAGAUGCAACAACAUCAACAUCGAAACCUGAGAAAACUCCUGAGAGUCCAGUUGUGAAGCUAUUCAAGAUUGGGAGGGGUUCAAGUUUCUUCGGGUUUGAUGCCAUCGAUGACUCAGUCCCGUGUGGACGGGAGGCUGUCUUGGAGUUUCAGGUGGAGCCGACCUGGAGUUCGUUCACCGUAAUGGUUGAAGGGACCUGCGGUUCAGUCAGCUUGACCAGAGAGUCGGAUGAGGAGGAAGAGGAGGAAGAGGAGGAAGAGGAGGAAGAGGAGAGGGGGUCGUCCAAGGAUACUGAGGAGCAGGAGGAGAGGGAGUCGUUGGCGAGGGAGUGCGAACAACUCAGGUUACGAUGGAUCGAGGAGAACGGUGCCGCCACAGACCUUGAAGUGAACGUGAAGAUGGGCUCGUUCGAGGCAAGGGAGAAGAGCCUUGAAACGUUUUCUCGACUGUCUGAGCUAGUGGGCAUCUUUCCUUUCUCCCUCCAGCUCCCGCUCCAUGCUCUCUUCACAAGGCACCACGUCGAGGUGGAGUCUACCCGCGUCAGGACAGGACAGGACAGGACAGGACAGGACAGGACAGGACAGGACAGGACAGGACAGGACAGGACAGGACAGGACAGGACAGGACAGGACAGGACAGGACAGGACAGGACAGGACAGGAUGUAUGGGAAGAGGAGAGGAACCUGGCCGGGGAGGCUGAGUUUGGUGUCACUGUCAAAAGUCCACCCGAGCUCGUUGCGAUGCCUUUUGACGGCAACUGGCGGAUCAUCUUGAAAGCUAGCGGGUUUGCGAACAAGCCGAUGAGCUAUCGGUUGAUGGUGAAGAGAGACGAUCCGAACGAUGAUGUCAUUGCCAUCGUUUCAAAGCAACAACCCGGCAAGAGGAAUAAGAAGUUUGUAAACGGGCAGUUCGGACAUUUUUCGAUACAAGAGCUGGAGACUUCAGGGUGGACUGUCGAGAACAAGGUUGCAAAGUCAAAGUUCCAUCAGCCUGAGUACGAGAAUGCAAUCUACAAUGAUUUCGAGCUGCUGUCAUUGAGGAAGAUACAGAAAAGCUGGAGAAACACGAGCAAGUCGCGCAGGAAGGCGACAGUGAGGAGGGAGCAGGAGAAAGCGUAUCGCCAGGCUGAGGCGUUUGUAGCGACGUUGAAGUUUGGGUACCCUUGCGAUGACAUAUCAUUGCGAUCUCAAGCAAAAAGCUUUCUUUCUCUCAUCUCCUCCCCGACCAUCUCCCACAUCACCAGGCACCUUCACGCCCACUUCGACGGACAUGACACCGUCUCCGAAGUCCAGCUGGGCAAGUUCACAUCGACCAUGACCGAGCUGGGGGGGCUCGAGAAAGUGCUCAGCAAGAGGAACCAUCCUCCCCCUCCUUCGCAGCAGCAGCUGGUGAACAGCUGGGAAGAAGCGAAGGAGAAGGACCUCACGGCGAAAGCGAACCAAUGCUACGAGUUGAUGCAGCGGCUGAAGGAGAGAAGCAUCCAGCGGCAGCGAGAGCUUGGUAGCGUCAAUGUGGCACCCAAAGUCAACGUGGCACCCAAAGUCAACGUGGCACCCAAAGUCAACGUGGCACCCAAAGUCAAAGUCCAACACAAACACAAAACCAACGCCACAUACAGAGUCAACAUGAAAUACAAAGUCAACGUCGGGCACAAGAAGAACUUCAAGUACAAAGUCAACAUGGGACCCAAAGUCAACGUGCAACGCGGCUUCAGGAGCAUAUAG